AUGGACUUCGCCUACGAUCAUAUCCAAGAGGAGGUGCUUUCUAAUAAAGAGGGAGCCUCCUCCGAGUCUAAACCAAAGGAGUCCAACGCCAAUCUCAACGACGAGCUACAAGAGACCUUCCGUGCCUUCUCCGCUAGUCCAUGGGGCUCACGAAUUGGAGGACUGUGGGACAAUGUGCGCAAGCAGGGAGAGACAUACUACGAAGGUGCUCGCCAGGAAUACGCAGCUGCCAGUGAAGAAGCCGUAAAGGGCUUUUCCGGUCUCAAGGAAACACUGGCCGAUCGGACAAAGGGGCUGUCUCUGAGCACAGCUGCUUUGACAGGCGGCGAGGGACAAAGUGAUGAGACUGCCACACCCAAAGCGUCCACAGAAGGAGAAUCCGGCGAAAAAAAGAAGGCGACAGCGCUAGCGCUAGCGGAAGCUGCUCGGCGACUGAAGGAGAUCGAGAAGGCAGAGGAAGCAGCCGAUGAAGCAAUCCUGCGAUUUGGAAUGAACAUUAGCCAAAAGCUGCGCGAAGCAGUUAGCAUUCUGCCCCCAGAUACCGAUGAGGCUGGCAAGCUUCUUUUCGAGAGCAAAGAUGCCGAAGGAAAGCGGGUUAUUCAUGCCACACGAUUCGAGGCACAGCUGCACGUCAUUCAUUCAAACCUGGAAAGCUUCACCAAGGACCCGAUCAGCGACGAAUGGCCUGCGUUCAAGAAGGAGUUCAGUGCCGGAAGCAAGACGGAUGAAAUCGCCGCCGACUUGGAGAAAUACCCCGAGCUGCGUUCGGCCAUGGAGAAGCUGGUACCGGAGCAGGUGGAAUACUCGGAAUUCUGGACGCGCUACUACUUCCUGCGUCUCGUUGUGGAGACCGAAGAGAAGAAGCGCAAGGAACUUCUAAAGGGCGCUAAUGCUGAAGAUGAAGAAGAAGUGGGCUGGGAUGAUGACUCUGAUUCUGAGCCCCAGUCUCCCUCUACUCCACAAGUCCGCCCCGGUGCUCAGACUCUUACAGCGGCCAAAGACAGCCAGAAAUCCGAGCCUCGUCGGUCAAACGACCAGCAGUCCCAGGCCGAUAGCGAAUCUAGCUACGAUGUUGUGAGUGGCACUGUUAGCCGGACACCUGGCAGCCCCAAGGAGAAGAGUCCUGCCGCAAAGGCGGAUGAUAGCGACGAAGAUUGGGAGUAA